UUUAAUUAAAGAAUUAAAACCUUUUUGUUGAUUAGCUUUUAUUUUGAUUACAGGAAGAGAAUCAACAUGUAAAUGGUCUGUAGUUUGGCCACUUAUUGGGUCAUCACCCACUGGCUUUUCCUCCUCACUUGUGUAAAAAUUAUUUGGGGAUGACUCGCACAAUGGACCCACGGGUAAAGAAGAUCUUUAAAGGAAUUUUUGUAGCUGAAGUUUUCGGCCUUUUUGGAGUAUACGUUUUAUUUAAUAAGAUGAACACAAACCAAGAUUUCAGACAAACAAUGAGCAAGAAAUUUCCCUUGAUCUUGGAAGUUUAUUACAAAUCCGUUGAACAGGCUGGAAUGUAUGGAAUCAGGCAGCAAGAUCAAGAAAAAUGGUUGAACAGUAAAAAUUAAAACCAGUCAUCACGUUCAGCCUCCCAUCUAAGCUGUUUGAGACCUUUAGGAGGAGAGUAAAACAUGAGCCUCCCACUGCACAGAAGACUCUGGGCAGUCACCCAGAACGUCCUGACCAGCAACAGGAACUUCUGCUGUGGCCUACAGUUUCUCACCCACUAAGCAAAGCAACUGUUUUUUUUUGCUUUUCUUCUAUAUUGAUUAUCAAAAACUAAUGUUUUAUAAAUAAAUAAACGACUA